AAUCAGAUGAAUGUCUGUGUGACUUGGGGCUUCACAGCAGUCUGAAAUUGCACUGGUCUGACGCUGAACCGCUUAACCCCCGCUCGCGUGGUUUAAUGCACUGAGGCGACGAUGCGGUGGGGCGUCGCAGCCACAGGCAUACGCAUAGCCAUAGCACCCGCCCUCAUCAAUGCAAUGUGCACAGCAUUGAACCGCUUAGCUCAGUAUUGAACAGUUAGCGUUGCUAAAACAACUUCGCGAAAAUAUUCAAGUACGAGAUUUUCAAAGUGAAAUAAUUAAAAAUUUGCGAGCUUGAUGUGAAAUAAAAUAAAUGCGUGAAUUAAUGUGAUACAGGUGCAAGUGAUAUGCUUUGUUGAUGCAAAUAAGCAAAAGAAUAUUUCAAAAAAAAAAAGUUUGUAUAAAAAAAAAUAAUCUAAAAAAAAUGUUGAGCUGCAAUAUUAAGCCAAUUAGUGAUAUAACGUGAAACACACCCAGUAAAUGUAAAAAGAAGCUGUGCAAUUUUUUGAAAAGUAAAUUCCAACAAAUCCGACAAAAAUAUUUCACCUUGCCCAUGGCAGCUACAGUCAGUCAUAUUUCAAGGUUUUAAGCUCGAAAAAAAUUUAUUUAAAUAUUAUUGCAUUUUCACAUUUUAUAUCAACGCUUGUAUUUAUGUGUGAUCGUUUGUGUCAUAAAUGCCAUAAUAAGCGAAAUAAAGAGGUAAACAGCAAGAAUUGCUGGAUUAUAUUUGCGUGCAUAUGCCAGCGCACACACAUCAGCAUGUACACGCAGGAGCAAUUGUAAGGGCAGAACGAUACACCAUUGCGUUUAAAUGCAGAAAGGAUUACAAACAUACAUAAUUUACUUACAAAAGGAUAUAUGCACAUAUCAUACGCCACGUCGAACAUCAGCCAACAGCGGUGCAUAAAUACAAAAGCAGCACAUACACACACUUAAUCAUACAAAGUACACAUAAGUGUCGUAGUUAACAUUUUAUAUAUUUAACGCACACACACACACACGUACGCGCAAAAUGGAAGACAACAAUAUAAUCGGAGAGGAGGAGGAGACGACCACAUCAACCUCCAAAUGGCGGAAAACGCGUACCACAGUUAAGACUUCAUCUACAACAAAGACUACCACUCUUACUACACCUGCAAAAUUAUAUGGCAAGGACUUGAGCGAAUAUGAUGAGGUUGAUGUUGAUGCUCUGCUGGCACAGUUGUCACCAGAAGAAAUCAACAUUUUAGCCAAAGAAGUUGAUCCCGAUGACAAUUUCCUGCCACCCGAUCAACGUUGCAGCUAUGAAUGCGACAAAGACCCCACCGGCCCAUUGAAUCGUAAGAAGUUGAUUGAACACAUUAACAAACAAGCCUUGGAAGCACCAGAUGAACCCGAAUUCGAACCUUACGUUAAGGGUACUGUACGUGGUAAGAAAUGGGUGCCACCGGCAAGGGAUGAAAGCGAAAUUGCCGCUGAAGAACAGAUCGCUAUCGAUUUGGGCGAUGAAUAUGAACAUGCGCUGAGCGAUGCUACCCAAGAAGAGAUCAUCGAUUUGGCUGCUAUACUUGGUUUCCAUUCGAUGAUGAAUCAGGAUCAAUAUCAUGCUUCAUUGUUGAACAAAGGUCAGCCAGUUGGUAUGGGUUGGGACGGUAUUACAAAAUCAACUCAACCAAAAUUGUUCCCCAUGGAUCCACCAAAUAACACAGAUGUCGAGGAAUCAAUUAAACGUGUAAAAGAUAACGAUACAAAAUUGAUUGAACUGAACUUAAAUAAUAUUAAGAACAUUUCCGAUGAGAAAUUCGAACAACUUUUCCAAGUACUGCCCGAUAAUGAACAUUUGGAAGUUCUGUCCUUAACAAAUGUCGGUCUAACCGAUAAAACGGCUCUCCUAUUGGCUGAAGCAAUUGAGAAAAGCAAAACCCUGAGAGUAUUAAAUGUUGAAACAAAUUUCAUUAGUCCACCUGUUGUUGUGACUUUAGUGAAGGCCCUGCUCAAGUGUCGCACAAUUGAAGAGUUCAGGGCAUCCAAUCAGCGAUCCUCAGUGCUCGGUAAUAAGAUCGAAAUGGAAAUAACCGAAUUAGUGGAAAAGAACUCAUCGUUACUCAGAUUAGGUCUGCAUUUGGAAUUCAAUGAUGCGCGUCACAGAGUCGCCGCACAUUUGCAACGUAACAUCGAUAGAAGUGGCCGCCAACGACGCAUGGGUCAUUUCAGUUACAACUACACUGUUGGUGCCUGGCAGUAGGAGGCAUAUAUGUACAUAUGUACAUACGUGUACAUCUAACAGCAACAAGUAAAACAACACAAGCCACCACCAAACUGGAUGAGGAAAGAAGUACUACAUAUGCGCGACAGGCAGAGGCGCUUACUUAAGUAUACUGCUCGUACAUACAAACGCCAGCAUGAAUUAUAAUUGUACACUGACUAAAAUUACAUACUGUAUACGAAUGCAUUUAUAAUUCAAAUACAUAUAUAAUAAUUAUAAAGUUUGUAAACGAAAGAUGCGUAUACAAUGUUUGGUUAUUGAAAUAGGAGCGCAAAAGCCAUUAAGAACAUUGCACAUUAAAAGCGAUACUAUUCAAUAAUGUUAAUGAAAGUGUUCAGCAAAGUGCUUUAGUUUGCAUAGUACACAUCACUUUACUUGAAAUAUGUUAAAUGUAAUACUUGUUUAUUUAUUUUCUUGCAUAUUUACGCACAUAUAUACAUAGUUACGUAAUUACUAUAUAAUUCAAAUAAUUCGUCACUAAACAUGAGUGAAGACGGGAGUUCAAAAUAUGGCCACGAAAAAAAUGACGCUUUAGAAGACAUAGACGAAGAAAGAUUCCUAACAUAUUUGACGGCGAAGAAAGAAAGAUAUACAGGCACGUUCUGAUGAAAAUAUUGAAUAUUUUAUAUAAAAACUAUAAAAGAAACAUCAGGAAUGUUAUAACAGUCGUUUCAAUACAAAAUUCUUAAAUCGUACGAAUCUUAGAACAUUACUGAUAAACUUAUUUUCGCGGUCAACUAUGCUUGCGGGUUUAAUAGUAUACAAAGUCUCCAAAGAGUUUUUUUGGCUAAUGAUGCUAAAGUGACAGUCCUUGGGAAGACAUGAAUCCAUUUUUACGCGUCUUUCUUUCCCGUCAACUAGUUUUACGGCUCUUUGUACGCCGAAGUUUUUUAUGCGUCUUGUUUCAGAAAUUUGUGUUCAAGCGUAUCGUUUAUCGCCAUCAAAACACUCGUACGUCUUGCUUCGUGCCUAGUGACGAUUUGUUUUAAUUAAUUUUAAAUGUUUCACUUAUAUUUACAUUUUAUCAAAUCAUGUGUUACAUAAGUAUUUAAACAGAUAACACAGUCAGUUUUAUUUGAAUAGUUCAUUGUUGUGGUUAUUUUAAUGUAUCUCCUGUUGCACACAUUUGUACGCGUUUAAUUGUAUUUUGCUUAUAGAUUAUAUUUGUCUCAUUACUUCUUAUGUUUCGAAGAUGUCUAAGUGUACAAACCUACUUUAUUCAUGUUUAAUCAAACUUGUAAAAUACAGAUUUUCAUGAAUAAAUGCGCAAGUCAUGAUUACCCUACAAGAAAAAUCUUUUAUCCGCAUUGUGUCAUAUGGGGCGAUUAGCUUUCUUCUGGCAUACAUAACCGAUGCUGGCAGUAAGUGUGUUACACUAUAUGUACAUACAUGCGCAAUUUUAUCGAAAGAGAGAGAAAUGAAGAGUGAAAUAGAUUCUUUAAAUUGCACAAGGCAAGUAGAGAAGCGUAAAUGCAAACAAUUUAAAAUUACAACACAACUAUGUGGGCGCUUCUUUUGUAGCUGUACUUGACAGAGAAUUAUUUCACCUAUAAAUGAAUGUACACUUGCAUGUAGUAUAGCAUAGUAUUUGAACAAAUUUUGUAACAAAUAAAAAUUAUCUAACAAUCAAUGUUGUCCAUAUUCAAUUGGUACGCUUGUGAAGAGAAUAGUGCUUUGUUAAAUUAAAAAAAAAUAUAUAUAUAUAUAUAUAUAUAUAUACAUACAAAUAUUUAUUUGCGAGCCUUUACAAUAACAAUUUGAGGAGAGAUAUAGGGCUUGUUCGAGUUGCAAUCACAACCGCAGUGUGGCGCGAAUUAUUAAAGUAUCACGUUCUGUGUAAAUUUCAAGCAAUGUAUUAUCAGUUGGGCAGUUACAACAAUUUUGCCAUUUUACAUCAGUACGGCAGUAAUGCCGCUUUUAUUACGUGCCUCGAACAGGCCCAAAUUAUGUAUGUACAGUAUGAACAAAAAAUCAGCAAAAAGACAUUUAUGCAAGACGCAGACGUUGAGUAGUAUAAAUUCUCCUUGAAUCUAAAUAAUAAAAAAAAAAUGUCACCACGGUUCAAGCGAAGCCAUUUACACAAACUCAAAAUGCCAGACUUUCGAAUUCAUUAUCAGCAUUGUGAAAAGUUAUUGAAUUCGGUUUUAACUGCACGCAAACACCAAAAACUCCACAUAGCACCCGUACAUUUAUUAAAUACACAGACAUACUUAAAUACAUGUAAACAUAUGAGCAGCACAGAAUAAUUUUAAUAUGCAUGCAAACACUUAAAAACUGUAGAUUCUGUUCAUUCUUAACAAUUACCAAUUUACAUAUGUAGCUCAUAUUUGCAUACAUCAAUUUUAUUUAUCAAGCCAAUUUACUUACAUAUGUAAUUCUAAACCGAAAGAAAUCAAAAGUAAAAGGAAUGGCUAUUAUGUUGUUUUACAUAU